AUGAGCACCUCCACCAGCAUCCCUGAUCGCUACAAGCUCAUAUUCUACGUGCCCCUGGAACACCUUGAGCAGUGCAAGGAAGCCGUGUUCGCCGUGGGCGCUGGGUGCUUCCCAGGCGGCAAGUACAGCAAGUGCUGCUUUCAGACUCAAGGGCAAGGUCAGUUCCUGCCCAGCGAUGGCGCCAAUCCGGCCAUCGGUGCAGUUGGCCAGCUGGAACAAGUCGAGGAGAUGAAGGUGGAGGUGAUGUGUGUCGGUCGGUCCGUCAUGCUGGAUGCGGUGCGGGAGCUGAUCAAGGCGCAUCCCUAUGAAGAAGUUGCCUAUGAGGUUUAUCGCAUGGAGGAUGUAUAG